AUGAACCGGUCAACGUGGUCUCUCCUGAAGCGUGACUUUGACGCGUGGGCGUACAACAUCUACUGGCCGCAGCAGAAGGCGCUGCUGCCGCUGCUCGGGUUUGCGAGCUUGGCCGUGGAGGACAUUAAGUUCGCGUACAACGCGUGGUGCCUCCUGCGCCUCGCAAUGUUUUACGGCACGGAGCACCCAAAGGUCCUCAGUUCGCUGGUGAACACCACGCCCUCAAUGGACAUUGCGUACGGUGGCAACCGUUUGUUUUACAUGCACGCGAAGGUGGAGGUGCCAUUGUCACGAUCAAAGACAAGGGUGGCGCUGACUCCUUGCCACCCACGAGCCCAACCUCUGCAGAACUUCCCGUGGCGCAAGGUGGUCUGCGAGGCGCAUGAGCGAGGCUCCCGUGGAGCAGAGGAUGCUGGUGGCGUGGAGAUUGUCCUCGGGAUGGAGAAUGGGCUGUCCAAUAGUGUGGCUGAGGACUGUGAUUACUGUCUCUACAUUCCUCAGUACGGUUCGAUAGGGUCGCUGUCAAUGCUCUCUGCCAUGGCGAUAGCUGUUCACUCUGCGCACAGUGCACACUACACAGCGACAUCUGACGCAUGCGAUUCACUGCCGCAGCCGUCAAAGGGGCACAUGCCUCUGAGCAAUGGUGAUGUGAAAGGGUUACAAGGCAAGUCAAUGCCACAUGAAAAAGACCUUAUUCACCUUAACAAUAAGGAAAUCGCGAGAAUUCUAGAGGCGAGACGUUUAUCAUACCGAUUACAAUUGUCGGUUGUAGUGUACAAUGAGUUUGGUGACCGAAACAUUGGCGCAAUCAUGCGCAAUGCCAACGUCUACAACUGCGAGCAAAUGGUUGUGCUUCAUCGCAGGAAAUUCAGCCGACGUGGCGCUGUCGGUACACAGAAUGUGCUUUGGACUUCUUUUCACGCUUCCAUUGAUGAUGCUGAUUGUCAAUUGUGUCUCCGAGGAAACGUCAUCUGGCUGUUGCACCAGUAUUACCCGUACCUCAAGAUACAUGGGGACCACAUGAAUGAUACAGCCGCAACCUUCAUUCGACCCGAGAACCCUUCUCUUCAGCAGUGGGUGGGCUGUGAUCAUCGCAUAAGUGAGGGGCACCCAAUAAUGAACGGAGAAGGUGGAGGAGGUGAUGGUGCUGGUGCACACUUGAUUGGGACAGAGGUGUACCUGGACGAUUUGGACUCUCUGCGUGCUGCUGUUGAGGGCGUUGUGCAGGAUGGCUACCGUGGCAUCAUGCUUGCCAUUCCAGAGGAGGGCGCUUCGCCGCAUCCGGACAUUGUGAAGUGCGCACAACGGAUUGUGUACCUUGUGCACCCCAGCCGUCUUGCGCGUGGGGUCCAGCGUGGUCUGAACGGUGCCCUUUCUUCUGCAGUUGCACUUGAGCGACUCAGGACGGCAAUAGACGGUUUAUAA